AUGGAUAUCGGUAAAACAGAUGCAGAGUAUCCCGAUGAUACAGCACUUCUUAGCUCUGCGGCCCACAAUAAUUCAAACCUGCCCCUGUUUCUUCCCUUUCAAAUGAUGGAAAGCCUUCUGGAGAAACUGAAACUUCUCGAAUACGAACACACAUACUGUAAUCCUAAUCGAAUCAAGGGUUUCUCUAAGCUUCAUUUCGCCAUUCCCACGAACCCGGGUGAACAGUUCAAUAGUUUUGUCAGUCUAUCUGCUUGGCUUAUUGGCCAAUCUGGUCACUAUAUAGAGCAACCCCAGGAACACGACGACCCUAACGCCACAAUUGCUACUAUACUUGAUUCUUUGCGCACUCUGACAGGUCAGACACCUGACUUUCCUCCCUCAAAGUUAAAAUCUGGUUGUGGUGAAUACUGUAUACAAGUGCUUGAUUUGUUGGCUGACACAGCUGUGAAAAACAGGAACCUAAACUAUGACCCCCCGCAGAUUGAGCAGGACGAUGAGGAGAGCCUUUCAGAUCGCUUAAAUAUUGUUGACAGAUCCAGUCAAGUGGACGACGUGACCGCUUCGACACCAGAGAAUGAUGAUUUGGUUGAGUGGACCGUAAACAAGGCUGGGAUCCUGCCAGAAGUAAGAGUCGGUAUUUGUGACUCAGAAGUGGAAGCAGAGAUAGAAGAAACUGGUGAUGAACUGAGACCAAUGGACUUGAAAUACUUGGACAAAUCUCAGACGAAUGUAAAUGAGGUGCACGGUGAAAAUAUAAAUAGCGAGGAUCCCUGCUUUGUCGAUCCCCACGGGCCUUUCGGAGGCCUCUUGAUGGGGACGGCGAGUUAUUACCGGAGUCGAGGUGGCUCCGAAGGCACCCCGGACAGCUUUUCGGGUGCAUGUAGAGGCAUUCUCGAGCCCACAGUAGAGCCCGGGGAAUGGCAAAUGGAAGUGGAACGGGUGCUGCCGCAACUGCGCAUUGUAAGUCGUCCAGAGACCAAAGACUGGCGAGGUCACUUGGACCAGGUCAAUAAUCAUCGUAAGGAAAUUGACUCGUGCUUUAAAGAUUCACGUAGUCACCUUCAACGCCUGCAGGAAGACCUCAGUCGAGGACUGGACAAAAUCAAUAGCCGGGAGAAGUAUAUCAAUACCCAGAUCGACCAAAUUCUAGCAGAAUACCGUUGUGUCCAGGACAGGCUGUGCAGGAUGAAAGAGCGCUACAACCAGGCAAGCGGUGGCAUAACCAAACGAAGUAAGGUCUUAACGGAGUUAUCAGAUGAGUUGGAGCGUGUGAAACAGGAGAUGGAUCAGCGAGGCUCAAGCAUGACAGACAGCUCUCCGGUGGUUCGCAUCAAGCAGGCCAUCCAGCGUCUCAAGGCCGAAAACGUUGCUAUGGAGAUUCGUAUUGGUGUGCUCGAGCAUACGCUCCUGCGAAUGCACUUGCGUGCACGAGAAGAAAGUCAAAAACCACUCUUCAUGCAUCCAUAUCCCCUAGAAGAGGCUGGCGGACGACUCCUCGCAUCUGGAUCUAAAGGGGGAGACAAUAAAGUCAGCUACUAG